UAUGGUGUGCUUCGAGUUUCUCUCAUGUGACUCAAGGUCUGCCUGUGCCGUCAAACAGACUCAUAAUUCUUGCCCGGACUAUACUUAUAUCUCGUGCUCCUCCAGCGUGUGCUGCUUCUCCCCUUUCAUGCGUUGCGCUCAUAUGAUCUCACACAACAGCACAGCCUAGCCACUCUCGCUCAUACUUCGUCCAACAAACACAUUACCAAAUGGCACACAAACAUAACCGUCGCCGGGUUCGACCCCGCAGUCGUGGCUUCGAUACACUUCACUUCAUAUUCGAUGCAUCAACCAACAACAUCAUAUCCUCCACAAUCCCAUCGUUACCUUUCCCAUCUACAACGCAAGGCCCGAGCCAAAGGAGUGUAUCUCUACCUACAAGUUUACGAACUCCCGGCGCGAGUCUGGCAUCGAGACACUGGCAUAACCGAUAUCUUGCCUGGCAAAAUCGCGACGUGGCACAGAAGCAAGAAGCUGCCAAGCUCGAGGCCGAACAGAUCAAGUUGUUUGGAGGUGAACCUGGCGAUGAUGUUGGCCUUUGCUACAAGAUGCUGGAGGUGUUUGAGCGUAUGAACUGGAUCGACACCAUGGAGUAGAACAAUCACGAGAUUCAUGACUUUGAUUUUGUAUGGUG